UUUAGUUUCGUAUAUCUCACUUCCGGCGGCCAUAAUAUCAAAAAUAGAAAGCGGUGGUGAUCUUUAUUUAAUUUACCACGCUACAAAGAUGGGUUCCAAUCCCGUUCCAGCUUUUUUGACAAAGCUUUGGACACUUGUUGAAAACCCUACAUGUGAUGACCUUAUUUGUUGGGACGAAUCUGGAAAAAGCUUCCAUGUGUUUGACCAGGGAAGAUUUGCUAAGGAGAUUUUGCCUCUUUACUUCAAGCACAGCAACAUUGCCAGUUUUAUUCGGCAAUUGAAUAUGUAUGGCUUCAGAAAAGUGACCAACAUAGAGCAAGGCCUGAAAUCAGAGAAGGACGACUUAGAAUUUCAUCAUCCCUAUUUUCAAAGAGGCCAGGAGCACUUGUUAGAACACAUCAAGAGAAAAAUCACACAUCAUUUACCAUCUCAUCCACCAAUCCGAGUGGAUCCAGUGGUUUCGGUCGCUCAUAAUGUGCAGCCUGAAGAUCUUGAUAGAAUGGUGGCAGAGGUCAAUCAAGUCAAAGGCAAACAGGAUCUAAUGAACACCAAACUGGACACUAUGAAGAGAGAGAACGAAGUGCUUUGGAGAGAAGUUGCCUCUUUGAGGCAAAAACAUAUGAAGCAAACACAGAUCAUAAACAAAUUGAUCCAGUUCCUGGUACAUUUUGUCGGAGCUAAUCGUGUGACGGGAGCCAACAAACGUAAGCUGCCUCUGAUGAUCAGUAACACAGAGAGUCCAAAGGUGCCGAAAUACAGCAAAACCCUCCCCCUGUCCCCUGCCACCUACACAGUACAAACACCUGAAUCUUACAAUAACUUGAGCAACAGUAGAGGUCCUAUCAUACAUGACAUCACAGACCUACAUGAUAUACCCACAGAACAGCCUGCAACAAACAUAAAGAAGGAGCAACAUCCAUACAUAGAUAUCUCCCAUCUGGCACUUCCUUCUGACCUUGUAUCUUCGCCGACUGUACCAGAGCAUACCAAUGAGAAGGAGGAUAUGAAUCUUUUUAAUGGAGAUUUGUUGUCUGAAGCUACAUCGGAAAUUAUGCCCAAGGUGAUGUCAAUAUCAGACCUGGGGAGGAUGGAUCACGCACAUGUACCCACAUCUUUGGAAUCAAAAGGCUCGCCAGCUGGCUCUGUGUCUUCAGGAGGGAGUGCAGGCACAUUGUCAAAGCACCUCACCCGACAGAAGUCAGUGUCUGAGAUGUCUGACCAUGUGGAUUCUGUGAGUUCGGAUCUGGAAGGACUGAAGGACUUCCUGACUGGAUCCAACUAUUUUGAUCAAAAUUUAUUACAAGGGCUGUUUGAUUCUGACCAGGAUCACAUUCAUAUGGGAAAUUCACUGUUCAAUGCUGAUGGAAGCAUUAAUACAGCAGCCGGUGAUUCAAUCUUGGCAGGAUUGGACACAAUGAGGCCAGAUGAAGGAUCAAAUUCAGGGCCUCUAGUCCACUAUAAGCCAGGAGAUGAAGAUAUCCCUGACCUUUUUGACCUUGCUGAAAUGUCAAAGGAGGAUCAUGAAGCAGAAACUUCAAAGGACUCCAUGGAUCACGUCAAAUCAGAAGCCCUGGAUACACCCCUCCCCAUCCAGAUAUCUGCAGAUGACCUGGAUUAAGCACACAAGCACAUACUCUAUGUACAUAUUGUAUAUUUCUUUCAUAGAGAGUAUCUGAUGUGCCAUUUUAUUUAGUGCAUAUGUUUCAUUGUUUGUUAAGGGAUGUGAGUUGUUUCUGUAUUCUGUAAAAUAUUGUGGUUGUGUAUUGUUAAAUGUGUGAGAGAUAGACAAAAAACAUUUUUUUUUUUAAUUAUGUACAGGAGUUAUGCCUCCUCGCAUGCAAACAUUUUUAUACCCUCACCAUUAAACAUGGGGCAUUAUGGUUAAACACUGAGUGGUUUCUUAAUUCUUAAAGUUUUUUCAAGAUUUGUAGUUAAUAGUCAUCCAAGUGGCAUGUGUAAAGAUUAUGAAAAUUUGUAUUUCCAUUUAAUUAGAGUAAUUUAAAAACUCUCAUGCAAAAUACAUCUUUAUUUGCUAUUUUGAGCCAAAUAACUUGGUCACUCUAUCUAGGUACUGCUCUUACAUUCAGUUUGCAUUUUUUUAAGAAGUAGAAAAUUUUAGCUGUCAGAUUUAAAUGCCUUACAGAAAUUGAAAACAUAUUCAUACAUGUACAGUGUAUGACUUUGAUUGUGCACAUACUAUAAAUCUUGAAGGAAUGUUGAGUUGUCAUUUCAGUUAUUAUGUCAUGAACACACACUGUUACAUGCAUUGGAAGUAGAACAUUUUACAUUUAAGUGCAAAGAAAAUAUCAGAAAGGACAGUUUUUGAACACUGCUAUACUUAUUCCUACUAAGAGGCUCUGCCUUUGGUACAAUCAUUCAUAAAUACCUCAGAAAGAAAUGACUUCAAUCUAAUUCAUUAACUGCAGACGAUUUUUUUUUUGAAGAUCAUGGAUUUCCCUUUUGUGAUGCAUGGCCCCAAGUUAUUCUUUAUUUGUUGGCAGAAAUGUGUUUCCACAUCACUGUUACUUUGUGAAAUUCCAUGUUUUACAUGUUUUUUUUGUAGUUUUAGAAUUCAUUCACUGAAUAAUUCAUGUGAAUCUGUUUUCUACAUGUAUUAACAUUAUUAUAUAUUUAUUUCAAUGUUCACAAUUGUUAAAAAAAAAAGAAAAAGAAAGGAAAAAAAGAAGAAAAAAAUCAAAGCAAACAAUUACCCAGUGAAUCAGAUUUUUUCUUUCUUAAUGAGGUCCAUUGUAAAUAUAAUCACUUCGUUUUGAAUAGUACAUAUUUUAUUUUUGGUAUGUACGAGAUAUUCCUUUGUUUGAGUGAGACUUGUUCAAUGUAAACCUGUUUUAUAAGGUUUAUUUUUUGUUUCCUUAUUUUAGAUAAUUGUGUUUUCUUCAUAGAUAAAGAGUGAUUAAUUUUUAGUGUAAAAGUCAUUAUUAUAGCAUACAUGUAACCGUACAUUAAACACACACACACACACACACACACACAGAGACCCUUAGAUUGCAUUAAUUUUAACAUAAAUGUAAUAUGAUUAGAGACCCUGUUGAAUUCUCUCUACUGCUUAUAUAUACCUCAGAUUGGCAACAGAACAUUGUUUUCUCUACAAAUUCAUUCUGAUCAGAAGAAUUUGACACCAAAUCAAAACAGUCCCGUUCUUAUCGGGAAACAGAUCAAGAGAUUUGGGGCUUCUGUUAAUAUUUCAUAAAGGAUACCAUAGGUUGUCUCUCUGUUUUUUUUCUCCUUGACAAAAAGUAUACUAUCAUUUGAUUUAAUGAAGUGUUUCUUUUAUGUAAAUUAGGGGAAAAAAAAACAAAGAAAAAAGUUUUAUGUUUCAUGUGCGUGUUUGCUGGUAUAAUGUCACCUCUUCAUGGGAUGUAUUCAUAAUUGCUUAUUGUUAAGCAUGCUAAUUAAGAUUUGAAUUUAGUACACAAUGUACACAUUUCAAUAAAUCUAAUUGGCCAAUUGAUGCAUAAUGUAGAGAUUUUUCUUAAUGCUGAAGAAUGUUGUAAAAUUGCUUAAAUAUAUGUAAAAUUAUAUAAUAUAUAACACAUAUAAACUAGUUUGAUUUUGGUUUAAGUUACAUU